AGACAAAAAUAUAAACUAGAAGUUAAAUUAUCACAGUGAAAUUUCUGUUAUAACAUUCUAUUAUAACAAAGUAAACAGUGUAAUAUUCUGCAAAAUGCCUAUUCCAUGUUCAAAGCAGUGUGGGAAAGGUGCCAUUCUUAAAAGACCUAAAACUGGACAUGCAUUAUGUAAAGAAUGUUUUUUCUAUGCAUUUGAAAGUGAGAUUCACAAUACAAUUACACAAGGCAAAUUAUUUAAACCUGGUGAUAAAGUAGCUAUUGGAGCAUCAGGAGGAAAAGAUUCUACAGUACUUGCAUAUGUUUUGAAAACAUUAAAUGAUAGAUACCAAUAUGGAAUUGAUCUUUUUCUUUUGUCCAUUGAUGAAGGAAUAACUGGAUAUAGAGAUGAUAGUUUGAAAACUGUUCAACAAAAUAAAGAUGACUAUGGACUCCCAUUAAAAAUAUUAUCUUACAAAGAGUUAUAUGGAUGGACAAUGGAUGAAAUUGUGGCAGAAAUUGGCAAAAAAAAUAACUGUACAUUCUGUGGUGUAUUUCGAAGACAAGCAUUAGAUAGAGGUGCAGCUCUCUUAGGAGUAGAUUGUAUUGCAACAGGCCAUAAUGCUGAUGAUAUUGCAGAGACAGUUUUAAUGAAUAUCUUAAGAGGUGAUAUAGCAAGAUUACAAAGAUGUACUUCAGUUAUUACUGCAGGAGCAGAUUGUAUAAGACGAUGCAAGCCACUUAAAUAUGCAUAUGAAAAAGAGAUAGUAAUGUAUGCAUACUUUAAACAGUUGAUAUACUUUUCAACAGAAUGUAUAUUUGCACCAAAUGCAUACAGAGGACAUGCAAGAACGUAUCUAAAGGAUCUAGAAAAAAUCAGACCCUCUUCUAUAUUGGAUAUCAUUCAUUCUGGAGAAACAUUGCAAAUAAAAGAAAGUAUUAAACUACCAGAACAAAGAAAUUGUUCUCGUUGUGGAUUCGUAUCUAGCCAGGAAAUUUGUAAAGCUUGCAUUAUGUUAGAAGGUUUAAAUAGAGGACUCCCUAAACUUGGCAUUGGAAAAUCUACAAAAGUUAAACGAGUGAUAGAUUCUAUAACAAACGAUAAAUGCAAAAACAAUGAAAAGACUAAACUAAAAAAUUUGGAAUUUUGACGAUUACUUAUAUCUUCAAAUAUAUUUGUAUGAAGUUUUAGGAUAUAUUAUCAAAAUAUACAAAUUUAUUAAUUUGUAAAUAAUUUCAAUUGAGAUUGAUUGUACUACUUUUAAUCACUUCUAAUAAUUAUUUUAUUGUUCAAAAGUA